UUCCGGUGCGGGGCCGACCUCCUGGCCCUGCGCGGCGUGCCGCCAGGGUCUUCGGGCGAGGUCGACGUCGAGGUCCGCCUCGAGGGCGUUUGCGAGGAGUGCGACCUCGCGCCGUGCAGGCUCGACGGCGCCGCGCUCGGCUGCCCGCUCCGGAAGCGGACGCUGCGGCGGGGUGAGGCCGACCACCGCUGCCCGAGGGACGGCGCCCGCGUCCGCUUCGCAGUCCUGGAGGGCGCCAGCGGGCCCGCCUCGCCGCCGCCCGCGUGGCGGGAGCGCCUCGCCACCGUGGGGGAGGGGGCCCUCUGCGACCUGCUCGAGCUCGCGCUGCCGCGCAUGCGGCCAGGGGAGCGGGCCCGGCUCUUCGGGCCAGUGGGGAUGGUGGCAUUGGUGGCCGCGGGCGCGGGCGAGGAGGGUCUGACGGGCGACGGGGCCGCGUCGGGCGUCGAGGCGUCCGUCGUCGUGGAGCUGCUGGAGGUCACGCAUCCGACGGCUGACGUGGUAGGCGCGAGGCUGGCAGACGUGGCCUCCUGGGCGAGGGAGCGAAAGCAGGUGGCUGACCAACUCUUCACCCAGAAGCGCCACUUGUUGGCUUUGGCACAGUACGCCGACCUCGCAGAAAGGCUCUCUUGCCUGACUUGCCCAUCGUCACGUACCGCUAUCCUGGUAAGGACGUGCAAACUCAACGCGGCGCAGUGUUGCCUGCAUGUGAAGGCUUGGCAACUCGCAGCGGAUCUCUGUGGCGAAGUGCUGGCUGCGGAUCCUCGCAACGUCAAGGCGCUCUAUCGCAGAGCAGUGGCCCUGCAGCGCAUGCGGAAGCUGGCCGAGGCGCACCGGGUCGUGCGCACCCUGGUGCGGGUCGAGCCCUGCAACACCGCUUCCGAAAGGCUCCUGAAGCAGAUCCAGGAAGGCCUGAAGGUCGCCAAGGACCGCAAGAAACAGCGGACGAAGCAGGUGUUUCAGGAGCUCUGCGAGGAGGACAUCCUCGGCGCGGGGCGCUGCGCGGAGCGGAUGGACCAGCUGCCGCCGGUGGGGCACAUUGCAGGCAUGCCCCGCAGCCUCUGCGCUGGCCAGGGCCUGAACCCGGAGCUGACCCCGGACAUGAUGCCCGAGGAGGUGAGGUCCAAGAUGGUGGAGCGGAAGGAGCAGAUGGCACUGGCCGCGAUGCAGGAGGAAUACGGCCUCUCGGAGGAGGAGGCGCUCGCGGUCCGGCGGCGGGGCGGCCUGUGACGCGGGGCCCGCUUAGCUCUGAGCUCCUGGCCAGCGGGGCGGGCGGAGCAGCGCCACCAGCUGCUCGGGGCGGGGCGGCGGCGGAGCCUUCUGAAGGGAGGCCUCACCCCGCGCGGACCGGAGUUUGAGGGGUGGGGGCCGAUCGAAUUCCUCGAGUUGGAUUGUCGGCGACUCAGCCUUGCUCGCGGGUAGCGCCAGUGAUCGCGUUGAGUGCGGUCAUCAUUCCCGUGUCCUUUCCCUGGCUGGUCAUUUAUAUGGUUUGCCUAGGGACGUAUGCAGUUUUUUUUUUUUCCGGGGGCACAGUGUACAGCAGCCGUCGUCGGCAACAGGUGACAUUUGCGCGUUUGCACGAGCCCGGACCUUUGCUGUUCUUAUCCGCCUGGAUAAGCUCGAGGCUGGUUAUUUCCAUUUACCUUGCAUGGGCCAUCAUGUGUACGACAACUCUUUCGCAACGCUCGGCUCCUCUCACGAGAGUUGCGCGCAUCGGAGGCCUCAGGAGCGAAGGCAAAACCGUGCGCCCUUUGCAUCUGGGCGGCCUCUUUCGGGAAUCAGACAUUUCCUGCCGUCCCAUCCGUAAUCGCAGCGUGGACUCGCUGCAAUGCCUGCCCUGGCCGUUGCGCUCUGUCCAGCUUGCUCCAGGCCAGUCCGCCGAUGGGAGCAGGGGGGUAGGAGCGCGUUCCUCACCCGAGCCCGAAUCCAAAU